CCACUGACAGCCCGCCCGCCCGCCCGCCCGCGGGGAGUAUGCCCGGCCGCGCCGCGCACCAGGAGGCGGCGGCGACGGCGGGAGGACCGGAGCCCACUGCAGCCGGGGGGAGCGCGGGGGCCGCCGCGCAGCAGGAGCGGCGGGGCCUGGCGGGCGCGUUCCCGCUGGUGCUGAAGAAGCUGAUGGAGAACCCACCGCGGGAGGCGCGCCUGGAUAAAGAGAAGGAGAAAAUAAAGCUUGAAGAAGAUGAGGCAGCAGCUGCCAGCACUAUGGCAGUCUCGGCUUCCCUUAUGCCACCUAUUUGGGACAAAACUAUUCCUUAUGAUGGCGAGUCUUUCCACCUGGAGUACAUGGAUCUGGAUGAGUUCCUGCUGGAGAAUGGAAUUCCUUCCAGCCCUACUCACCUGGAUUUGAACCAGAAUCCACUCUUGCCUGUGGCUGAGCUGGAAGGAAAGGAGUCUGCCAGUGCUUCCACUGGUUCUCCUGCAUCCUCCUCCUCCACUGCAGUUUACCAGCAAUCUGAAGCAGCCUCCAGCACAGAGUCCCCACCACAAAAUGAGAGAAAUACUCCCAGCCCCAUCGAUCCUGACUGCGUAGAAGUUGAGGUGAAUUUUAACCCUGACCCUGCUGAUUUAGUGCUGUCCAGUGUGCCUGGUGGUGAGCUCUUCAAUCCUCGCAAACACAAGUUUACUGAAGAGGACCUGAAACCACAACCUAUGAUUAAAAAAGCCAAGAAAGUUUUUGUCCCAGAUGAGCAAAAGGAUGAAAAAUAUUGGACAAGACGAAAGAAGAACAAUGUGGCAGCCAAGCGCUCCCGUGAUGCUCGGCGAUUAAAGGAGAAUCAGAUCACAAUUCGGGCAGCCUUUCUUGAGAAAGAAAACACAGCCCUGAGGACGGAGGUUGCAGAGCUGCGCAAGGAAGUGGGACGAUGCAAGAACAUUGUUUCUAAAUACGAGACCAGAUACGGACCCUUGUAAGCACACCCCUUUUCCUUGUUAGGGCUCCUUGUCCUAGCCUCUUAAACUUCUCUGCCUUCCGUAGAGACUCCCAGAAAUAAAGUUUAUGGAGGCUUUGCCAUUUUACAUCUAUUAAAAAAACCCAACAAAACACAAAAAAAUCCUGUUUCUGUUGGCACAACUUGUUCAGGCCCUUUCCUGAUCAUUGCGUUGCCCAAAAUCUGUGUGUCCAUAUUUACAACUUUGUUUUUAACAACAAUAGAACAUUUUCUGAUAUACAAUAGAACAGAUUCACCUGUCUGGAGGAAUAAAUGUGGAUCCCUCCUGACUGGACAGGGUUUUUGCUAUCUGUUCUAAUCUUCAUUUUAAGUGGAGAAAGAGCUUAGGAGACUCUUCUCACUUUUUUUUUUUUUAUUUUCAAACUCUUAUUCUUUUCUCCAUUCCACCCUCCCUCCCCCAUAAAACUAUAAACCACAAUUUUAGGGUAUAAGUAGAUGUUGCGGGGCAGCAUCAUGAAAUUGUUUCCUCUCCCAUUCAGAGGCACUAGAAAGCACCUGUUGUAUAGAACUCUGUUCCUGUUGAAGAGGAAUAGGGGGACCUUUUGGACAGGGAGACAGAAAAAUAUUCAAUCUCUUGUAAAAACAAAAGUAUUGCAAGGUUAAUUCAUGAGUGUUAUGCAGAACAGAGUCAGUGCAGUUCUGACUAAAAUACUGUUCAAAUGUCUUGGUAGGUUCUAAUCCUAGAUAACUUGCAGAAACCAAGGAGAAAGAACAGUAGUGAAUCACUUGCUUUACAAAUAUGGACAAAAUAAUUUGCUGUGGGUUUUGGGCUGUAUUUCUACCACCACUCCUCCUUUUUUCCUUAGAGGAACUUCUCUCUCGAAUUGCUGAUAAAACAGCAUGUUGCACUUAACUGAGAAGUAAGGGAGAUUUAGAAAGAGAGGUCUGGCUCAUUAGGCUGAACCUUGAGUCCCAUCUGUUAAAAAAAGGCCAGUACCUUAUGCUUUGGAAGAAGAGGCUUUUUUUAAGAAGUAAACAAGCCACUGUUACUUUACUGCACCUUACCUGUUGUGCAAGAGAUUGAGAAAGAGUUUUGGUCCUUUGCCUCCUGAGCACUCCAUGGGAUAAGCUACACCCACUGUAAACACAAACAGUUUUGCCUCCCUAUCUCUCCUGUGUAGCAGCAUAUCUGGUCUUUCCAUGCUUGCUGGUUCUCUGUCCAGCAUGUUUCCUGAUAGAAAAUUAGCACACAAGGCUUGCCCUCUUGGAAGUAAUCCAUUCUCAGCACCAAGCACUGCUUCAACAGUAUGUGGUGUUAGAAGAAAAAAAAAUAUGUUGUGUGUGAUGUUGGGACCUUCUACAUGACCUACAACUGCAAGAACCAGAAGCUUUACCAGAAGUAUAUGUCUAGAAGUCCUCUUAACAAGAGAAGCUGUUUUAAGAUAGUGGCUGUGUCAGAACUCUUAGGCUAUACUUCCUGGGAUAAUAUUUAUAUUAAGGAAUAAAUGUGGGAUAGAAGAUGUUGAGGCUAAGUUCGCAGUUCCUCUAUUGAAAUCUGAAAAGUAUAUUUAAAAAGCAUUGGGGUUUAUUUUCUAUACUAAAGACUUCUUGCCCAGCUUGUCUUUUAAACAUCAUGUGGAAACUGGUAUGAGUUUAGACCAAUUGUGUGUUGACAUCUUAAGGAAGUGGAGAAGCAGGCUAAUGGAGAACACUUAAUGUAUGCUUUGAACUAUCUCCCCCUCUGUUAUGCUCUUAAUUUGACAAGAGUGGCUCUUGAUGCAGUGUUUGUUGGUCUAAUUUCUUUCAAACAUACUAAAAAUUGUCACCCUUUCAGCAGGGGUUUUUCUUUCACAGGGUGGUUUGUGGUGGUGAUGGUGGGAAGUAUGUUAUAAAUAAAUUGUCACACUUAAUGCUUUGCUUUGUUUAAAGUGACUUAUCUGAUUCCGAGUGAUGCAACUUUAAAGACUUUUAAAAACAAAGAAAUCAAAAAGCACACAUGAAUCGCCAGUCUUCAGAGUGAGCAGUGAAAUCUAUGAGGUGUCCCAACACAAACAACUGACGAUGACCCUGCCUGCCUCCUUGCCUGCAAGUACCCCAUCUGACUACCCAGGGCUGGGCAUGAUGAAAAGUGCAAAGUCUCCUUAAUUCUGUAUAUGACUUUCUUAUCUGUCUUUCUCACUGUAACUAUGAACUACAAUAAGCUUACCUAUUGGGGUUUUGUCAAGACACUCAAAGUUCACAUCUCAAAGUCCGUGACAGCCUGUGUGAAUAGUGACUCUUCACUUCAGCACUCGAGUGGAAGAAAAGAGGGAGUUUUAAAUGAAAGUGUCUGUUAUAUAUAAAGAACUGCUGUGUUUUAAGACUCUUUUCCCUGCAGUAGAAUGAAUUUUAUUUAAUACUGCAGCUCACUUCUGGUACAGUGUGUACAGUGUAGCAUAUUGUGGAGUACUGUGAGUGUAGAACUAAAGACACCAGGAAAACAGCAGCCUGUGAUGUGUGAGACUUCAGUGCAGAAAAGUACAGCAGAUGUAUUGAAACAAGGCACAGUGUGCCAUACUGAGAUGGCCCAUGUAAUAGUAAACGUGGUUGCUUUUCUGCUCCACACCUACACUGCUGUAACCUGCCUUUUCCUUUAUUUUGUUUAUGAGGAUCACUUCCUUUUAUGGUAUCUUGCUGAAACAGGAUCUAGUCUUCUGUUAACGAUUUAGCAAUCAUGGAAAAGGUGCUAUUCUGAGCUGCUGAUCCCCAAGACUUUUGGCAGUUUAGACUACCAAAGGAGUAUUAGCUCCAGCAAAACAAUGGCUGUUAGCUGCCAAAAAUUACAGUUUUCUGUCUCUUGACUGCAGGAGAACUGCGGCGGUGAAAGAGUACUUUCUUCAUCUGUUUUAUAAAAGUAAGACAGCCAGUGAUCUCCCAGAGUUACAACAGGCAUCUUAAGUAUCAAAACCCGUGUGCUGGUGUGGGAGGGUAGAUGAAAGCUUGGACAGAUUGUGGGGAUGUUUAUUGUGUGUAGAAGAUGGAGGAAGUAGGUGGAAGUUCCGUUGUAAGAGUUUCAUCAGCAUAACAAGAAUCUGCUCUUAAUAUUGAGGAAACUUAAAAUCUCAAGAAGUGGGAAGAAAAGUGUGUGGUAAGAAAAAGAGUUCUUAAUUUCUAGGAAAGAAGUACAGGACCAUGCUUUAGCCAAAAUGGGGUUUGUAAGACAGGAGAGUAUUGAUGCUUGGGGAUUGAUAAAUAGCACACACCUCAAGAAAAAUAAUUUUGAAAGCUUUCAGAAGCACAAGUGCCAAAAUUAUGAGGCAUGACUAGUUACCAGCAUAGCUCAGUGCUAUCAUGUUGAACAAUUAUUUUGACUUUAUGUUAAGAGAUUCCACCGCUAAUUUCAGAGCAGAAAGGCAAAGAGAAAAAUGUGAGAAGAAGCAGCUGUUGUAAACUUAAUUUUAAAAAAAAAGAUAAAAAUUUCAAAAGCCAGGAUUCAUAACCAGUUUUUGACAGCAUAACCUUUGUAAAGAGCAUAUAUAGUUAUUGACCUAUCAUUUUUAAUGGACCAUGUUCUGAAGUCAAGCAAGUGUUUUUACCAAAGUAUACUUAGUAAGUGAUUUUAUUAUAAUUUUUGGAUUCUAAAGAUCUGAGAUAACCUUGGGAUAUUCUUAUGAAAUAAAUGAAUAGCUUAGUUCCAUAUUGCUGAAGUGUCAGCAUAUAUCUCUACCUGUAUCAAGUAUUGCUGGUUUGGACUGAUAUUUUUGGUAUGUACUGGUUUUUGUUUUAUUUUGGUGAUAAAGGCCAAACCGUGGAUCAAAAACAAACAAACAAACCAGCAACAAAACAAACAACCCUGACAGCACGUAAAUGUAGCAACUUUUUGCAUUCAUAAUUUCUAAAUUUUCAGUUAGUUUUGGCUGUUCUUGAAAGUCAUGCUUCCUGUUUAAAUUGUAAAGCUAAAGGGUAUUGUAACUGGGCAAGGAGUUGCUAGUCCUUCAUUUGGAUCUUACUGUGCUUAGGAAUAUCUUUUAAAUACUUACAUAUUGUGUACAGGAUCUGAUUUUGCAGUAUGUCAUGGCAUUUUAACAGCAAAAUAUUCAGUCAGUGAGAUUAGUAUGUGCAAUUCUGUUGUUUUAUUUCUGUUAUAUUAAAAGCUUACACAAUGGAAACCAACAGUGAAUGUUCAUUAGAUCUUUCUCUCAGAGAAGACUGUUAGCAAACUCUUGUGCUUCCCUGUAGGACAGUGCAGAUUUGCACAACCUGUGAUUCAUGUGUCUAUGGGUUGCAAAACUGGAAAAUCGCACUUUAGAGUGAGUGCGGCUCAACUUCUGUAGAUGGAGAAUUUUAUUUUUUUUUCAUUUUAUUUUUGUGUUGAGAAGCAGCAUCUUUAAAGGUAGAUGAGAAGGUAGUAACUAUUUAAAGGAGUGCAGAUAUUGCCAGACAAAAGAUACUGUGCAAUGCUGAAUUCCUUCCUCUGUUUUUGCAGUCUCAGGAAGUUUACUGCUUCAGAGCUCUCUGCUCCUCUCAGAACAAUUACCUAUAUCAUCUUGUUUUUUUGACUCUGAUGACAAUCCUAUCUGUAUGUGAUAACUUGGGUAUGUUUUCAUAAUGGUCAUAAGAAGAUCAAUACUCUUUUAGCUCAAUUUGAACAUUAAAAAAUGCUGAAUUGACACUGUUAGAGUCUGAAGUUCUCUAGCCUUGGAAUAUGCUCUGUAGAGGCCAUAAGUGUGCCUGAUGUCAGCCUACCCUAUUCCAGCCAUAAAGGGACCAUCUCCAAGGGGAGAAAAUAAAGGGAGUGUGUACCUUUCAGCAUCACUGCAGGGAAUGCCAGGAAAGAGCAGUUUUUGACUUUCAUUGGGAUGUGGAUUGACAUCACGUGGCCAUUUCACAGUACUAACUUUGAAAAUAUAUAAACUGUGAUGAGAUAAGUGGACAAUGAGUGUUAUCUUACUCUACAGAAGAAACAGGCUAUGAAUAAAUGAUGCACAACAUUUAAUACAGUAUUGCUUUCAUAAAUGAUUUCCUAACCUCCACAUAGUUAUAUCUCCUUAUAAUAAUGUGGGUUUGUAUCUAAAAAUUCCCUAGAAGCUUAAUCUUUCACCUGUUGCCAAGAUCUGCUCCCACUGAAGCUAGUAACAAAGAUCUCAUUAACUCCCACAGGAAAAAGUCUUUACUCUCCUGUGGUUAUUGUGAAGUUUUAGCAAGUGCUGGAGUCAUGAGUGUCUUUGCUUUACUGUGGAGCAUUCUGUGCUGGGAUCAGGUGGAUGUAUCUCAGAUUGCAGAUGUAAUGUUGGUAACCGGUCCUAUCACUUGUUCAUCUACAUAGUUAGUCAUAGUUUUGGUAGUGUACUAUAAACUUGUGUUGGGAGAAAAAGUGGUUUUGAUUUGUUUUUUUUUUUUAAGAGGCUUUUUGCAGUUCUUCUAGUAACAUUUUAUGUCUUUUCUGGCAAUUCUACAUUUUCUUGCUGUGCUGUUUGAAAGCCCAAGGUGUUCUAACUGUAUAAAUCACUUUCAGCAUUAUUUGCAGGACUGCUACUAAUUGUACCAAAUUAAUUUCAGGUUGGGAUGUACAGUGGAAGGCCAGCAGCUUUGGGAAUACUGUAAUAAAACCACUUGUGCGGAAAAAACUAUUUUUUUGUAGAUAGCUGAAAUAAUGGACCUGCACAGGAGAGAGUAUUGCUGCUUCAGUCUUGUAAGCCCCUGAGCAUAAAAAGGCUCUGUUCCUUUUGAUUAGGAGUUUUCAUUUUUAGUGAGAGACGAGGUAUCUCGGACCUUUGUAAAAUCCAGAUAGGCUUUUGUUCUCCUGUAGAGUUUUAGCUGCUAAGCACAAAAUGAGAAAUGCAGAUUUGUCUUAGUGCAUAAAUCUCAUAUUUUUGGCAACAUACAUCUAAUCCAUAAAGAGGAAAAUCAUUUAUUAGUGCUAGUGUUUUGCCUUUGCAGCACUACAAUUCUCUUGACUGGCUUUCUAGAUGUUCUGAUAAUUACUCUGAUCUUUUUAUCUGCCAUUGUAACAUGGUGAAGAUAGGUAAACUCACAGUUAAAGACUGGGAGAAAGAUAGAAAGAAUAGGCUUAUCGAAACUUCUGUGGAGAUGCUAAUAAUGCUAAUUGAGAAAUUACAGUCAUUUAAUUCAUGAUGAUACAGAUUUGUCAUACAGAUGUAAUCUGUUAGUUUGAUAGUCUGCAGUUAGUUUGAUAGACUCACCCUAGUGAGUCACUUUUGGAAUGCAAACUUCUUAAAGUUCAGACACCUACAGGGAAAAAGGAAUCCUUUGAGGAAAAUACAUGUAGAGAGAGUUAUAGAUACUUGGCAAGGAGGGAAGAGGAGAGUAAUGCAAGAGUCUGACCUGAGUGAGAUUGCUAAAACUGACACCUCGCUGUUUACAAUUUUAGGCCAAUUUGGAUCCCAUCAGUUUAGCAUGAUACUGAAGAUAAGUACUUGUUUAGGUCUUGGGAAUCUCCUUUUCUUGGUCUCACUUCCACAGUCCAGAAGAAAGUGAAGGGAAUGUACAGAUAGGGAGGAGAGUUACUGCAGAAAGGCAUGGAAAAAAUAGCUGUUGCUUCAACUAAGUGCGCUGUUGCACUGGGACUUGACCUGCGAAUGCGAACUGGUAGUGCUGUGUCAUGAGGAAAUAACUAUCUGAGGCCCUGAUCUUUUAAGGCCUCAAUUCUGCUAUCAUUUCUGCAUGGGAUGAGCCCUGUAUCUGUAGAGAACCAUGUGGACUUCACAGGAUCUGUUCUUGAAUGUGAAGCUCUGCCCAGGCAGUCCGCUGCAGAAUUGUGUCCUUAACACACUGUCAGUUGUAGUUAUAGGGCUGUUGAUAUUAAGUGUUACUUGGGUGCCUGUUACAUAGCCAAAACCCUUGUUACUUCAUUUUCCUAACUAAGGCAUGAGCAGAAGCCCUUUGCUGUACAACAUCUGUAAAAAAAAUUAAAAAUGUACUUCACAUACAUCUAGUAAAUUAAGGCAUGUGAUUUUGGUCUGUGGGUCUCAACAAACUUUGCUCGUGUACCUGCCUGAAUGUUUUCUUAGAUCUGCAGCUAUGUCUCAGUGAGAAGGCAUGGUGGGAUUUGUUUUCCCAAGGGGGCACAAUAGCGGGUGUCACCUGUCAUGCUGCGGGUGACCACUUGCUACUGGCCAGGAUCAUGGAUGGAUGCAUCCUCCGCACUUUUAUGUGAAGUUGUCUCAAAUAUGGUGAUUAACAUGAUUAUUGGAAUACUGUAUUUUGUAUAACUUAGAACAUGUAAAUACACUUUUAAAACUAAUCUGUUCUCUGAAGUAAUAAAUAAGUGCUUCCAUUGUAAUAUUUGAAUAUUGUUAAUGCUUUAUGUAGCUUGAUUUGGGAUUAUUUUUUUCCUAGAGAACUACAGAAAUCAAAACAAAGAUUGAUGUUGUGGAAUUCUAGUCUAGUUGUGAUGCUUUCUAUCAGCAAAAAAAAUGUUUUAAUAAUAAUAACAGCAAUGAGCUACUUAAGCAGAGAAACUGAGAUUUUUGAGGGAAUUGAUUCUCUUCCAAUCUUUCUUUAACAGUAGUCACGGAUUACAUUCAUAAUUGUACUCUUCCCAUCCUGUUAGCUGGACAGUUGAUUUGUUUGUGAGUAGCAUUUGGAAAGUGGCAAUAUUAAAUUAUUUGUAAAGCUUAGUGAUUGAGGAAAACUAAAGCUGGGUGGUUUUUGUUGGGUGUGGUUUUUUUAACUAUUCUCUGUUUUGACUCAAAGAGAUCUGUCUCCACCCUUCAGCCAGACUGCAGCAGGUUGCAGUGAAACAAUGAGUGACUGUUACUGAAGCUCAUUUGUGACCUAGAUAGUCUACAUCUUUAUUACUUCCAUUGUGUACAUAGAUGACACAGGUUUCCUGUGGUGUGGAGAGAGAAGGUGAUUAAUGACUUGUGGUUUUGCUGAGUACACGUUCACUGGAUGCUGCACAGCUGGAACUUUAAUCAGCUUUCAUGACCUUUUCUAUCUUGUGUUAAAAGGAAAAAAAAAAACCAAAACAGUGGAGUGAGAAUCAUGAGCAGUCAGCUAGGAAAUAUGAACACGUGGGUUUUGAGGUGGAGGUGAGAUUGAUCCAUCAGCCUUCAUGUAAAGAGAUUAGCCUGUGAUGAUACUUUCUCCAGUCAUAAUAUAACUUCUUGGUCUUUAAUGCUGUACUGGGGCAGUCUCCUCUCUGGUAACAGCUGUGUCUGCAGUGUUCCAUAAAAGACAAAGCCACAUCUUUUGUAGUGGGCAGAGACAAUGGUAGGUCUUUUUAAUUUCUUCUAUUUUUUUUCCCUCCCCUCUCAAUGUUUCUAGACUGUAAAAUAGCUAUGAAAUAGCUAAUCAUAUGUGCAAGUUAUUCUGAAAACUCUGUUCCUCUAAAGCUCUUUCAGACACAUUUUUUAACUAAAUAGUUUGAGGGAACUCCUAUCUGCUAUAUUUGGCCUGAAAUUCUGUUGCCUCUUGGAUAAAAGUAUUUUUUUGUCUUCAGAUGUGACACUGAUCUGUCCCAUUCAUUCAGUGGGAUGGAUGAUAAAUCUGCACAGUAUUUAUAUAAGAUAUAAGUCUGAUCAUAGUUUUACUGCGUGUUAAGUUGUUUAAUCUCUUGGAUGUCUACUCCUUGAGGUUGUCUAUAAAAUUCUUGUAGCUGCUUUUUGAAGCAGUCCAUCAAGUGCAUUUGAGAUCAUCAUGACUGAAAGAUUCUAUAGAAGUGAAAGAGAUAAUAAAGCUUGCAAAGCAGCUGGGUAAAACUGUAUUGCCAUAAAUGGUUUUAAUUUAUAUAUGAAUCUUCUGUCCCAAACUGCUUAUUUUGUACAUAAACCUAAACACUCCUGGCAGCUGAUGGGUGAAAAUAAAGGUGCUUAAACAGCAAUCUAAUGAGGAAAGGGCAUUUCACUAUUACAGAGUUGGUAUUAUUUUAUAUUUCCAUUUAUUACACUUUUUUAAAUGUAUAAACCACAGAUUUGAAUUCUCAAAGUCUUCAGCUUCAAUUUUGUGAGUAGUUUAAAUCCUCUCACCUCUCUGCUCGUAACUGGUUUUUAAGAAAAAGAAAAGCUUUUGUUUAAAAUGUAAAUUUUUGACUGUAUUAAAUUCUGUUAGUACCCUUCCUUUUUAAGAAAUAAAAUGUAUAUUCCACUA